ACUGGUUCCAGCUCUCUGCGCAUCCUCUGCAUGCUUCGAUAGAACUGUGCUAUUUUGUUUAUUUAGCCAGUUAAAAAAAUCUGUAAGGAUUACAGCAUGGACGGACUGUUUCAGUUUUAAGAAGCGUCAUAUGGGUGUGACUAUGGACUCUGACCUUAUUGUGUUCUUAAAGUAACCGCUGCAUGCUGGAGCCGAUUUGAUUUCGCUUCUUGUUUGACUUUUUGGACCUUUUGUUUUGUGGACGAAAAAUCGAACGGCUACACCCCGGUUGUUGUUUUGAUUUUGUUUGUUUGUGUUUUUUUGUUGGUUUUUUUGUUUUUACUUGUUUGUCAAUAUUUCUUGGUCAUCUCAGCCUUUAAUUGAAAAGCGAAGCUUUUACUGAUUGUUUAAAAGGUGAAGGUGAAAAGCAUGAAAGAUGUCCGUGGCGGGACUGAAGAAACAAUUUCACAAGGCAAGCCAGUUACUCAAGGAAAAGAUCGGUGGUGUUGAAGGAACAAAGCUGGAUGAGGAUUUCAUCAGAAUGGAAAAGAAAACUGAAAUCACCAACAAGCUGAUUGUCGAACUUGUUACAAAAACAACAGAGUAUCUUGAGCCAAACCCAGCAUAUAGAGCAAAACUCAGCAUGCUCACUAAAAUGUCUAGGAUUCGUGGAAAUGUAAGGCCGGUUGGAUACCCACAAACAGAAGGAAUACUGGGAGACUGUAUGUUAAUCUACGGUAAUGAGCUCGGGGUGGAGUCUGCAUUUGGUAGUGCACUGGUGGACAUGGGACAGGCCUUGAAGCAGAUGGCUGAAGUAAGAGACUGCAUGGAUGUGCGUGUGAAACGCACCUUUAUCAAUCCACUUCAGAUGCUGCAGGAGAAAGAGCUUAAGGAAAUUGCAUUCCAUCUGAAAAAACUUGAGGGUCGCCGUCUAGAUUUCGACUACAAGAAAAAUUCCAAAAGGAGGAUUGCAGAGGCAGAGCUUAAACAGGCAUUAGACAAGUUUGAAGAAUCCAAAGAGCUGGCAAAAAGAAGCAUGUUCAACCUCUUAGAAAAUGAUGUGGAUCAAGUACGACAGCUGUUAGGCCUCAUUGAAGCAUCGAUGGACUACCAUCAGCAAUCUCGCGACAUUCUAGAGAACCUCAGAAGCAGUCUGCAGAACAAAAUUACUGAUACCAGCAACAGACCAAAGAGGGAGUUCAAAUCAAAGUCUAACGCUAGUACAAUGUGCUGCACGGACACUUACGGGUUUUCCACAAGCUCAUAUUAUGAUACUGAGGUAACACAAGAGCUGAGCGAAAAAAGCAACUGUAAUUUUAAAUCUCCACUGGACCAGCCUUGCUGUCGGGCGCUUUUCAACUUUAAUCCUGAAAAUCAACGUGAGUUAGGCUUCAAGAAGGGCAACAUCAUUACUCUCACUAACCAGGUUGAUGAGAACUGGUAUGAAGGGCUGCUCAAUGGGGAGUCUGGCUUUUUUCCAGUCAAUUACGUUGAGGUCCUUGUACCACUGCCGCAAUGACAGCAGGCCCCAGUUCACUGAGCCAUUAUACAACUCUUCUUCUUUUUGGUGCUUGGUCAAACCUAUGAAUUUUAUUGAUCAACACCUUUAUCUGAAGAAUUUGCUUCACAUUUCACAGUUAUGCAAUGUAAAUAUAUGUAUAUAUUGUCUUGAUUUCUUUGUAUUUUAUUGUUUAUAAUAAAGAGACCAGUGAUGUAAUUAAAAGUUGAUUGGUGUAUGAGAGUAAGGGUGAUAUGAAUAUUUCUUAUACAUGGUAUUUAACACAAUUUACAAUUACAAUAAUAUUAUAAUAAAUAUUAUAAUAUAAUAUAAAUAAUACUAUUGCUAUAGCCUUUUGUGCAAGUGAUGCUGCUUUUUUAUUAUAGCUAUAUUGAAACCUGCAGUAUGUGGUUAAUAUUGUAAGCAUUUGCUAUUUGUUUUAGAGACAAAUAAUUUGUAAAUGAAAUAAAUGGAAUUGAAUGAAAGUUGGCAAAUUGAGGUUGUAACAGACCACAUCAUUAUUAUGUGAAUGUGAACAUUCCUUUGGUGACUUUUUAGUGACUUUCUUGCUGAUCAUCAUUGUUUGUCCUACUGAUGCACUUCAUUUUUCUUUGUUUUAAAUAAUUUUCUUGGCUAUAUUUCCAAGCAAUAAAGGCAAGUUAUUCCAUCUGUAA